CGUCAUAGAGCGUCGACGAUUCUUGUGUCAUCAUCAGCCUGCGCCUGAGUCCGAAAUGCGAAGAUGGCGUCGGUGGAUUUAAGAGAUAAUCUGCUUGGCAUCUCGUGGGUGGACAGUGGCUGGGUACCGAUCCUGAACCCCAGCAAUGUGGUGGAGUAUUUCUCUGAGAGGAGCAAUCCCUUUUAUGAUCGCACCUGCAACAAUGAGGUGGUGAAAAUGCAGAGAUUAACCCUGGAUCACCUCAAUCAGAUGGUGGGUGUGGAAUAUAUUUUGCUUCACGCUCAGGAGCCGAUUCUGUACAUCAUCAGAAAGCAGCAGAGGCAAUCACCAACACAAGUAAUCCCUCUUGCUGACUACUAUAUCAUAGCUGGAGUGGUGUAUCAGGCGCCUGACCUGGGAUCAGUCAUCAAUUCCAGAGUGCUCUCAGCGGUUCAUGGGAUUCAGUCUGCGUUUGAUGAAGCAAUGUCGUUCUGCAGGUACCACCCGUCCAAAGGGUACUGGUGGCACUUUAAAGACCAGGAGGAGAAAGAAAGGGUAAAGCCUAAAUCUAAGCGGAAAGAGGAGCCGAGUUCUUUGUUCCAGAGGCAGAGAGUUGACACGCUGCUACUAGAUCUGCGCAAUAAAUUUCCCCCAACUUUCUAUCAGCCCAAACCAGGAGAGAAGCCUGUCCCAGUGGAGGUAAAGAAAGAGCCAGAAGUGCCAGUUGAGACUGUGAAGCCUCAAGAAGAACGAGAGACGAAACCUCCCGCCCCUCCUGGCCCUGCCCGGCCAGCCCCACAAACUACACCCAACAAACCACCACCUGAGAAACGUGCACGUCUGCAGUAACACUUGCUGGCCAGCCACAAACGAGUUUGAUUUAUUGUUGCAGCCAGGACUGAUUGAUGCACAAACCUGUGGACAGUUCUCUGCACCAGUUCUCCGGACUGUUACGGUUAUUAUAUAUAUAAAUUCAUUUUCUUUGUAAUUUAAUAGUUUUUGAAAUAAGGGAACUGAAAUGCGUGUGUAAGUCAUCAUCUCUGUAUGUCAUUUUCUAUAUUUCAGUGUUUCUAAAUUGUAUCAUUCACCGUGGAAAUAAGUUGUUUUUCAGAACCUUUUUGGAGUGUCAUUCAUAAUUCAAAUAGUGUACAGACUUUUUUUCUGCCUAUUAAAAUUGUUUUUGUA